AUGGAGGGUGUCAUCUGGGGAGGUGAAGGGGGCACUGGGAAGCUGUUGACAUGGAGGGUGUCAUCUGGGGAGAAGGCUGUUGACAUGGAGGGUGUCAUCUGGGGAGGAAGCUGUUGACAUGGAGGGUGUCAUCUGGGGAGGGGGCUGUUGACAUGGAGGGUGUCAUCUGGGGAGGAAGCUGUUGACAUGGAGGGUGUCAUCUGGGGAGAAGGCUGUUGACAUUCAGUAAAUGCGGGUGUAUUUGAAUGCGGAAUCGGUCAGGAAACACACCUCCAAGACUGAAAUCUGUUUUUUUCUAAUGAGCAACAGAAAAAAACGUGCCAAACAGCGUCUUCAGUGGCUCUUUAACCAGCCGACAAUGACACAAAGGUAAUCUGUCUUAAAGGCCCAGUGCAGUCAAAAAUGCAAAAAAAAUCCUGUGUAUUAUAUAUAUUUCCACACUACGAGGUUGGAAUAAUACUGUGGAAUUGUGAAAAUGAUGAUAAUUCCCUUUUAGUGUAAGAGCUGUUUGAAAAGACCGCCUGAAAUGUCAGCCUGUUUUGGUGGGAUGGAGUUUUGGCCUGCCUGGUGACAUCACCAGGUGAUAAAUUAGUUAAUAGACCAAUAAGAAAGAGAGUUCCAAACCCCUCUGCCAAUAACAGCUCGUUUUCUUGCUUGAGAAAUUGCUCUUUGCUAAGAAGAUAUUUUUUUUUCUUUUUUUUUUAACCAUUUUAAUUGAAAACAAUCACAGUAAGGUACUUAAUUUUUACCCAGAAAUGAUUUGAUAUUGAGAUAGAAAUGGCUACAUUGUACCUUUAAAGAAUCCGUUUUUUAUCACAGAGGCUAUUGUUUCUUCAUUUAAAAUCAACAUAAUCUGCAGUCUGUGAAAAGUGAGCUUCAGACUGAAACACAGUAACAUUCUCCUGUUAUGAGUCAUUUCUAGGAGACAUUCCUGUGUUGUUUCUUCCCUCUCCAUCUUCUCACCUCACCCUAGUCAUAGUGCAACAACCUGGCCCUUGAGUAAGGCACUGUGGCCCUUAUCCCCUAAAACUGCUCCACGAGCACCGUAAUAUGGCUGCCCUCUGCUCCAACCUGUCCAGCCUCUGUGUGUGUGUGUGUCUUUUGGUGGGGUUGGGAUAAAGUGGAAGUCGAAUUUCCAUUGGACCCACAGUUGGUCAUUAAACUAAUUUACUUCCAUCUUUCUUUCUCUGCUCUCGCUCGCUCUCGAGAGAGGGCUAGCGAGAGAGCGAGAGGAGAGGCGGAGAGAAGCGACGAGAGGGGAGAGCGAGAAGCGGGAGCAUUGAGAGAGGAGAUGGCGCCAGAGCCGAGAGUAGACGUACAGAGCAUACGGAUUCAUCUGAUGUUACUCUCUCUAUCUCUCAUAUCUCGCGUCCUCUAGCCGAGAUCGUCGAAGAUGCGCGAGCUAAAUACUACAGUCUCUCUCUCUCUCUCAUCUCUCUCUCUCUCCUCUCUCUCUUCCAUCUAUCUCUCUCUUCCAUCUAUCUCUCUCUCUUUCUUCUUCCCUAGUCCCAGUAUACCAACCUGGGGCUGCUGAACAGCAUGGAUCAGAACAUCCAAAAUGGCGGCUCUACCUCCACCAGUCCCUACAACAACGACCAUGUCCAGAACAACGUGUCAGCGCCCUCACCCUACGCCCAGCCCAGCUCCACCUUCGACGCCAUGUCCCCCUCCCCGGCCAUCCCCUCCAACACAGACUACGCUGGGACACACACCUUCGACGUCUCCUUCCAACAGUCAUCCACAGCCAAGUCUGCCACCUGGACGGUAACAGUUCCUAUCAAAUCAAUAGAUGUUUUAAGUUCAUUUAUUUUUUAAAGUGCAUUUCACAUGGGUCUCAACACACUUUACAAAUUCCCAAAUCAUACAGUAGGACCAGUCACAAUGUUAUCCUAGCAAUGACAGAUAUUUUGUUUGGAAAAGCAUUCGCAUAUAUAUAAAAAAAAUUGUCCGCUGAUUCAACAUUAUUUAAAUGAAUUAUUAUUUGAGUUGGAUAAGCAGAAGUGUGAUAUCUGAGAUGUGGUUGAUUGAUGUGUUCUAACAUGUGAAGUGAAAAGGUUAAUUUUAGAGUCAGCUGGAUCUUCCAGUGAGGUCUGGGGUCAUGUUAUGACAUCAUAUUCACCUGGAAAAAGGUUGAAACUGUAGGUAGAAAAUCUGUCUACAUGAUAAGUGUGUGAAGGUUUUAUCAAGACAAUCAGUGCUCCAGGCUGUUUUGUAAUGCUCAAUAUAUGAAAGCCCUCUAUUGCACAACUCUGCCUGGGGGGGGGUUGGGGGGGGGGGGGGGGGGGUUAGUCUACCUCAUCUCAUGACACAUGAGAACCCGCAGCAUUUUUUCUCAGAGCCUCAGCCAUGACAGUUGGUCCAAGCUCAACCUUUAGGCCUAUUCCAGGGGUUUUAUUCCUCAAAAAUAAAAUAAUCCCAGCUGAGCUCCUGGUGUUUUUUCUCAGAGCCGUGACAGUUCAGUUGUAACAGGAAGAGAUCAUUGUGUAUCUUUGAAUAAAUUAACAAUCACUCAAGGCACAUGCUCAUGCCUGGAUCCUCCAGAAUGGUAAUGGUACAUUAUGCAUCUCAAUACAUCCCAGUCCUUCACCUUUCGGCCAGUAGGUAGCUUUAGUCUAUAGGACUUUCCCCCAGCUGAUCUCAUCUGACUGACAACUGAUUUGGAGUGUUAUUAUUCACAGAGAAAGAAAGGGUAACUUCUUCCCAGGUGUGUUGUCUUUCUGUCUGUCUGUCUGUCGAUGCAGCUUGAUGUCACCACUCACCGUGUACUGAUGUCUCAGCAGCAGACUGACAGAACCAGCUCUUCUAGCUCUGCUCUGCUCUGCUCUGCUCUACUCUGCUCUGCUCUGCUCUGCUCUACUCUGCUCUGCCUAGUGGCUCUUCUCUGCUCUGCUCUGCUCUGCCUAGUGGCUCUGCUCUGCUCUGCUCUGCUCUACUCUGCUCUACUCUGCUCUGCUCUGCUCUACUCUGCUCUGCUCUACUCUGCUCUGCUCUGCUCUACUCUGCUCUGCUCUGCUCUGCCUAGUGGCUCUGCUCUGCUCUGCUCUGCUCUUGCUCUAGCUCUGCCUAGUGGCUCUGCUCUGCUCUGCUCUGCUCUGCUCUGCUCUGCCUAGUGGCUCUGCUCUGCUCUGCUCUGCUCUACUCUGCUCUGCCUAGGGUUGGCUCUGCUCUGCUCUGCUCUGCUCUGCUCUGCUCUGCUCUGCUCUGCCUAGUGGCUCUGCUCUGCUCUGCUUGCUUUUGCUCUGCUCUGCGCUAGUGGCUCUGCUCUGCUCUGCUCUUGCUCUCAGCUUCUACUGGCGGCUCUGCUCUGCUCUGCUCUGCUCUGCCUAAGGGCUCUGCUCUGCUGCUCUGCUCUGCUCUGCUCUGCUCUGCUCUGCCUAGUGGCUCUGCUCUGCUCUGCUCUGCUCUGCCUAGUGGCUCUGCUCUGCUCUGCUCUGCUCUCUGCCUAGUGGCUCUGCUCUGCUCUGCUCUGCUCAGUUCUACUGGCGGCUCUGCUCUGCUCUGCUCUGCUCUGCCUAGUGGCUCUGCUCUGCUCUGCUCUGCUCUAUUCUACUGGCGGCUCUGCUCUGCUCUACUCUGCUCUGCCUGGCUCUGCUCUGCUCUGCUCUGCUCUGCUAGGGCUCUGCUUGCUCUGCGGCUCUAGCCUCUGCUGCUGCUUGCUCUGCCUAGUGGCUCCUCUGCUCUGCUAUGUCUGCUGCUCAGCUUCUCUGGCCAGGCUCUGCUUGCUGCUCUGCUCUGCUUGCGCUAUGCUCGCUCUGCUUGCUCUGCCUAUGCUCUCUCUGCUCUGCUCUGCUCUGUCUAUGGCUCUGCUGCUCUACUCUGCUCUGCUAGUGGCCUGCUGGCUCUCGUCUCUGCUCUGCUCUAUGCUCUGCUAGUGCUCUGCUUGCACUAGCUGGCUCUGCUAGUCUGCUCUGCUCUGCUCUGCUCUGCCUAGUGGCUCUGCUCUCUGCUCUGCUCAGUUCUACUGGCGGCUCUGCUCUGCUCUACUCUGCUCUGCUCUGCUCUGCCUAGUGGCUCUGCUCUGCUCUGCUCUGCCUCAGUGGCUCUGGCUGCUCUCUGCUCUGCUCUACUGUGGCUCUGCUCUGCUCUGCUAUGCUCGCUUGCUCUAGCUAUGGCUCUGCUACUCUGCUCUGCUUUGCUCUGCCUAGUGGCUCUGCUCUGCUCUGCCUAGUGGCUCUGCUCUGCUCUGCUCUGCUCUACUCUGCUCUGCUCUGCCUAGUGGCUCUGCUCUGCUCUGCUCAGUUCUACUGGCGGCUCUACUCUGCUCUACUCUGCCUGGCACUGCCUCAGAGCCCCACCUGCUUCUGUACUGACUCCAUGACCAUCUGUCCUGACUCCAUGACCAUCUGUCUGACUCUAUGACCAUCUGUCCUGAUUCCAUGACCAUCUGUCCUGACUCCAUGGACCAUCUGUCCUGACCUGACAUCUGUCUGACUCCAGACCAUCGUAGACUAUGACUCUGUCCUGACUCAUGACCAUCUGUCCUGA